GGACUUGUAUUUUUAUUUUAAAUAAUUUCUCGUCUGUAAUUAACAAAUUAAUAAUUACCGCCAUGAAUUCGUGGGGUAAUGAUUACGGGAUGCAAAAUCAGUUCAUACCUAUGAACAAUAUGGGGCCACCGAACAUGAUGCCUCCGCCGAUGCAGCCUUUGAUGCCGCCCAUGUGUAUGAUGUCGGACUUGGGAAAUUUGGGAAUCAACACGCAAAUAAAUCCCGCCCCGCCUGUGGUUCCUCCUUUGAUCGGGCCCGUGAUGCCAGAAGAACCGAAAAACGACGAAGCACAGAUUAUGCAUGAUGGUUCCGACCACCAGAAGCACGAUCAAUCUGAUAUGCAGGGACCUCCGAGGCCGAACAUGCAAGAUGGGAAUAAGGAUAGAAUGGACAGGAGAGGAGAUCGCAAUCGCGACAGAGAUCGAUCAAAUCGCAGACGCUCCAGAUCCCACGACCGCUUCGAUAGAGGUGGGAACAGAAAUGACAGAAAUAGAAACGAUCGUGGGGACAGGAGUGAUCGGCCGGCCAGGCGAGACCGUCCUUCCAAGUGGGGGAAACCAGAACAUGACGUGGCCAGACCUGGACAUGCUCCCGGAAUGGGUAUGGGUAACAAUGGCCAUCAAGGUAUGAUGCCAGGAGUGGUCCCGUACAAUAUGAUGAACAACAAUAUGAUGGGACAGCAGCCCAUGGAAAUGGGGAACAUGGGAAACAUGGGCAUGGGCAAUAACAUGCAGAACAUGCCCAAUAUGAUGCCCGGUAUGAACAUGAUGUCAAAUAUGAUGCCCAACAUGAUGGAUCCCAUGAUGAUGUCUAAUAUGAUGAACCCUCAAAUGUCGGGGCAAGCUCAAACACUCUUCCUCCCAAAUUGUGUUCUACUACCUCCCAUCCCUGGAUCUUCGGUACCUAACAGACGCGAGAAGCCGCUAGGUUGCCGCACUAUAUUCGUCGGAGGACUCCCACAUGGAAUCUCGGAGGAGGUGGUCCAUGAAAUGUUCCAGAGAUUCGGAGGCAUCGAUGACAUUAAACUCCACAGGCAGGGAGUGUGUCAUGUCCGUUUUGAGAACCACCCGAGUGUUGAGGCAUCCUUCUUCCUCACUGGGUAUCGUUUCAAACUUCACGACCAAGCUGAUAAUGAAGCCACAACGCUUUUUAUUGAUUAUGCUCUGAAUCGUGAUGAUCAGAAUGAGUACGAGAGAAACAAACGCCAGAGGGAGCCAACGCCGCCGCGUAUUGAGCCGUUUACACCAGCUAACCUAAGCACCAUUACGGAAAAAAUCAAGACCGAUGAGGCGUUUGCUGAAGUAGCUCCUACAUUGCUGGGCUGGCUGGAACGCGGCGAAUGCAACAAAAGGAACGCGAAUACCUUCUACUCACUGAUCCAAGCGGCCAACAACCAGGUCCGCCGCUUGUUCAACGAUAAAAUGCAGCUGGAUGACGAGUUACAAACCAUGAGAAACACCAUGAGGGAGAAAUUUGAACGCAUCAUCAUGCAAUUCGAGCAGGUAGCGAAAAUUCUGACCGUGGCGAAACACCAGCGAGUCUCGGACCACUUCACCAAGCAGCAACGCCGCAACAUCGAAAUGUGGUUGAAAAUGACGGAGGAAUUGGAAAACAUCAAAGAAGAAUUCGCUUCGUUCUUCGAUGAUGAAGAAAAUGAAAAAGUUGGCAAAAGCACAGUUUUACAAGAGAAAUUUGAGGAGUUAAAGAAAGAAAAUGAGAAUCUGAUGUUCGAGUUGGAAGGCUAUAGGAACGAAGCUCACUUGGCCAAAGACGAGGCGGAGAGAAAGUUCGAGAAGUUCAAGGCCCAGUUCAUCGCCCAGCAAGCCCUGCAGAACCCCGGCAAGCCGAUGAUCUACCCACCACUACCGCCUUCCACGCCAAGCCACCAAGAUCACGUGUCCACGGGCAAGCCGGAGCCUCCGCCCCCGACGCCCGACGAUAUGGCCAUGAUGAGGGGAGGCGACCACGUGUCCCAUCUACACGCGAAGCUCGUCAGCAUGCUCACUGCCUUCCUUCUGGUGCAUCCUUUGGGGGCCACGCAGGACUACUUGGUGUCUUAUGUGAGGUAAGAGAGGAUGAGGUAAGAGAGGAG